CACCCCCGCCAAGAAUGGCACGCCUCGCCGGCGUGGCAGUGGCCCUAGCAGCCAUCGCCGCGGUGGUCGGCGCCCACGAGACGUACUACGCGUCCGUGGAGAACCGCCUCCCGGCGCUGGGCAUGAAGCUGGCGUGCCACGCGAUGGGCGGGUUCCUGACGGAGCUCAGCGUGGUGCCGCGCGGCCGCGUGCCCCACGGCAGGGCCGGGCGCCGCGUCGCCGAGCUGCUGGUGGAGCGCGGCCAGCACGGCUGGGUUCGCUGCAACUGGGCGUACGCGGGCAACUACGUGGCCGGGAUCACGGUGCUGGACUCACGGUGGCCCGAGGCUGGGCGGUGCCAGGACCCCGCCGGCGAAGGCCUGUGCCGCGUCGUCUUCGAGAACGACGUCGUGCUCCUCAAGACGCCCGCCCGCGGCGUGCGCGUGCUCGGCGACCUGCCCAUCAAGCGCUGUCGGCGACACUGGAUGCUGUUCAGCACCGAGUGCACGUACCCCGACCACCGCUACCCCUACGCCGGUCGCCGGCUCGGGAGCGCCUUCGAAUACUUCGCCGUCUGAUUUACAGAUUUAGUGCUCGCUUUUAUGAGGGGUGCCAACCAUUUGAGGAGCCAAAUUUUGUAGAUCUUUUUUUCCAAAGGGCUUCCAAAACGAUACAAAUUACAAAGACAAAUAUGAGUCAUGACUCACGAAAUUAUCGGACGGACGACAUAAUUCUGCUUCUA